CACAUUUACUACCAGAUCCUGCUCUGUUAAACAUCUUGCUGACAUUUAGACCAUGGAAUCUCUCAAGUCAAUGAAGACGGAACUGGGCCAGUGGUUAUCAACAGACCCUGAGUAUAUCAUUGAAAAGUGUGAAGAUAUUUUAUCAGUUAAACAAGGAAAAGCUGUUUCCAACCGAGCCACUGCUGCAGAGAAGAUCUGUCUUCUUUUGGAUGAAAUCCAGAAAAACGGGGAGGAUGCAUGUGUGGAGUUCUAUGAGAUUCUGAAGAAAGAGAAGGCACAUUAUCCAGGCCUUCAACAGCAUUUCAGCAAUAACACACAAGUGUCAUCCAGCCCAACGGUGUAUGCGGAUCGCAACAGCACUGUUGAUUCCCGACUAGUUACCGGGAACCGAAUUAAAAAGGACUUGAUCAUGCAUAAAACCAUCCAAGUAGGAGGGUUGAAUCCAUCUGGAAUGAACCUCAGCCAACCACCCCCAAAUGCAAAUGUGGUUGCAAUCAAUAACAGUCAUAUCUCUGCUGAAAUGAUAACAUACAAUGACAUCGAUGGCAACCUCGAUUUGUCUUGGACACAAGCCCCACCUCCAGCGCCAGUCCGACAAGCCUCACAGUGUCCAGCUCAACAGGAUAACCUCCCUCAGCAUUGGGAUACCAAGCCAGCCACCACUUCUGUCCGGCUCUACUCUAUCCAGCCAGGAAGCCCAGAGUAUGAUGAAGUCCUAGGCCUGUUCCAGGCUACUUGUCCAGACAAUACAAUUAUUAAGAUUGAAAGAGUCCAGAACCCAAACCUGUGGAAAAGCUUCCAGAUCAAGAAAAAAGAAAUCGAGGACAGACAUGAUGGCAUAAUCAAUGAGAGACGUCUUUUCCAUGCAACCAGCUACACAACCAUAGAACACAUCAACAACAACGGGUUCAAUCGGAGCUACGCUGGACAAAAUGCUGCACUGUAUGGAAAUGGCACCUACUUUGCAGUCAAUGCCAGCUACUCUGCUGCUGAUGAAUUCUCCAAGCCAGAUGGCGAAGGUAGGAAGUUGAUGUACUUGUGUCGUGUUCUGACUGGACACUUCACAAAGGGAGAACCAGGGAUGAAAGAACCUCCAUUUAUAGGCGGUUCAGAAAUUCGGCGCUACGAUAGUACGACAAACGACACAUAUAAUCCAACAGAGUUUGUAGUCUUCCGCGACUGUCAGGCGUAUCCAGAGUACUUGAUCACUUUCUUAGGGGUCUAGAGCAACAUGGUAGCUUUUGGGAACUUCAAGUCAGUAAAUGUCAGUCACCAGACUCACCACCCAUUGCUACGUAGGAAAGAUAUUUGUUUAUUUAAGUAACAGUUGUUGGGGUUUAGUACUGCUCAACUAACCUAUCUUUGUUUGCCAGUGUUUUUUCUACGACACAUAUUUGUCAUUCCAUUAAACAUCCUAGAUUUGAAGGGAAAAGAAAUGUGUAAAACCAUCAUUGUUAUGACUCAUAUUUCCAUUAAAUAAGAAAAACGCAUAACUAAA